AUGACCGCGACACUGGCGGAGACACAGCAACCGAAUAAAUCAGUUCUACCAAUUAUUUGUGGAAGUAGAAGGAUCAGAUUUGUUAGUUUGUCCAUCUCAAUCGCCGUGAUUUGGAUAGUUGCUUCUGUCUACUGGGGGAGUUUGAGCGGAAUCGACGGCCAGCAUUAUACGCGGACAAUAGGUGGUGUGGAAGUGGAUAUAGGUGGAGUGGGAGAGCGGCAGAAUACGCAGAAUACGCAGAACACCCAGCACACCUGCUCAAACCCAUUCUCCCAACUUGGCACUCUUCACGUCAACCUCACCCACCGGGAAGAGAACAACUGGGUGCCUUUCGAUAGCAGCUGCCAGCCACCACGCCUAAUGGCUUCUUUAGCGGCGCAAAUUAGUGGUGAUACACUCUCACACUCUCACACAGACACCUCCUUCGCCCACAACAAAACAAUCCUCAUCAUGGGCGACUCUAUCGCACGCGAGACUGUAAAGUACUUUUGCAACUUGCUUGGCGAGGACGUUGUCAACUUGGGCGAUGACCAUCCGUGGUCGCCUUUUGCGGGGGAAGGAGAGGCGCAAAAAUAUAACCUUUCACAAUCAAAAUCACACUCACAUGGCAAAAGAGCCCCCCGCGAAAGCAGCCUGCCAAACAUUUGCUACAUACCCUCCAUCGACCUCAUGCUCAUCCAGUCUUUCCAUUUCGGGAUGGAUACUGACGCUUUUUUUGCAUCUAAGGAGCAGUACAAUCCUCCCAACAACUACGAAGACAGAUUGAUAGUGCACGGGCGCAACAUCCUCGACCGGAUAUCCAUGUCGAAUACAAACGAGGGUGAGAGUCGGAGUGAGGGCGAAAGCGAGAAGGAAACCAGAGCUGCACAUACCCUACGCCAGCCAGACCUCGUCGAAGUGAGCAGCUCGUUAUGGGAUCUAGCCCGCUUCGCGCGUAUCGACAUAGAAGACGACAAGUCCACCAUGACAGACUUGUCUGGAGACAGACUAGCCUUUUAUAUGGACAGAAUGAGUGAGAUGCUCUCUGCAACCCAGUCAAUUUUCCCAAGCGCACAACUUGUUUGGCGCACUUGCCACUACCCGUCCGAAUCUAACCAUAAACUCGACUGGAUCGACUGGAUUGGCCGGAGCAUCAACACUGAUAUCAACACUCACGCUAAAAUGGCCAGACUCGAACAGGAGCGUCUCUACCAAGACAAACCGUAUUUUCACUUGAAUCGCCUGUUUCAACUAGACCAGGCUGCCAGGUACGUUUUGCAAAAAGAGGAGUUUGAUGGUGUUGGCUUGAAUGAGUGGGGUCGUCUUAUGUUCGGCCAGCAUGCUCACCAAAUCGAUCAACUUCACCCCUCAAUGCUCCCAGGCGGCUGGCUGUGGGGUGACACUAUGCUCUACGAGCUUCGAAAAGCUACACUGAGAGCAAAUCAGUAG